CUAUCGCCCCAACCCAUAAAUUAAAAAAAUAAAUAAAAUCAAAGCAAAACCCUAAAUUGGAUCCCGGGUUAAUAAUCAACCCGUCAACUUUUUCGUCCGUAUCAAAUACCCCCACUAAAACAGUCCAACUUAAUUCCACGACCGUAAACUACGCGCGGCACAUUGUGCGGUUCAGUAACCAAUGGAGGUUGAGGGCUUUUUGUACGAAACUCUCAGCCCUCUCUCCGCCACCACUACCUCCACCACCACCGAGCACCCACCUCCGUCGUCCUCCGACGAACAUGAGCCUUACCUCGUAUUCCGCAACGAAAUUUCUCUGUCUACUAUCCAAUGUCCCUCACCGGAAACCGCCGCGGUCGAUUACUUCUCACUCGACCUCGACGGUGACGCCGCCGAGCUGAACAACGGUUCCGUUUCGACGCCGGCAUCAGCUGCUGGUACUCCGUUGCCGGUUAAGGAAACAGCGAGAGGACUUGAAGGCAAUUGGUUUCGUGCUAAUUGUCGGUUUAAGAGUCCUAUGCUUCAGCUUCAUAAGGAGAUAAUAGAUUUUUGUGAGUUUUUAUCACCUACACCUGAGGAGCAAGCAUCUCGUAAUGCAGCCAUAGAAUGUGUUUUUAAUGUUAUCAGAUAUAUCUGGCCCAACUGCAAGCCAGAAGUCUUCGGAUCAUUCAAGACAGGGUUGUAUCUUCCCACUAGUGAUGUUGAUCUGGUGAUUUUAGGGUCAGAUAUUAGAAGUCCUCAACUUGGGUUACAGGCUCUUUCCAGGGCUCUCUCACAAAAAGGAGUUGCAAAGAAGAUACAGGUGAUAUCAAAGGCUCGUGUGCCAAUAAUCAAAUUUGUGGAGAAGAAAAGUGGCAUUUCAUUUGAUAUAAGUUUUGAUGUGGAAAAUGGACCCAGAGCUGCUGAAUUUAUUAAGGAUGCUAUGUCUAACUGGCCCCCUCUACGACCAUUGUGUUUGAUUUUGAAAGUAUUCUUGCAACAGAGAGAGUUAAAUGAGGUUUAUACUGGUGGGAUUGGUUCCUAUGCGCUGCUUGUGAUGCUCAUAGCAAUGUUGCAGAAUCAUCGAAAUGGUCAAGCUUCUCCGGAACAGAAUUUGGGAAUUCUUUUGGUUAGUUUCUUUGAUAUUUAUGGACGCAAAUUAAAUACAUCAGAUGUUGGCGUAUCUUGUAAUGGAGAAGGUACCUUCUUCCUGAAGAGUAGCAAAGGGUUCUCCAUUAAAGGGAAGCAAUCUCUUAUUUCUAUUGAGGAUCCACAGACACCAGAAAAUGAUAUUGGAAAGAGCUCCUUCAAUUAUUUUCAGGUCAGAUCUGCUUUUGCGAUGGCUUUCACGACAUUGACAAAUGCAAAA